AUGAUGUCGUCCUCGUCCUCGUCGUCGGCCGCCUUCCCGCUGGACCACCUCGCGCCGUCCCCCACCGAGCAGCUCUGCUACGUGCACUGCAACUGCUGCGACACCAUCCUCGCCGUCGGCGUGCCUUGCAGCAGCCUGUUCAAGACGGUGACGGUGCGCUGCGGCCACUGCGCCAACCUACUCUCCGUCAACCUCCGCGGCCUCCUGCUCCCGCCCGCCGCACCGCCGGCCAACCAUCUCAACUUCGGUCACUCCUUGCUCUCCCCCACAUCGCCGCAUGGCCUUUUGGACGAGUUGGCGCUCCAGGCGCCGAGCCUCCUGAUGGAGCAGGCGAGCGCCAACCUGAGCAGCAGCACCAUGACGGGCCGCAGCAACAGCAGCUGCGCCAGCAACCUGCCGGCCGCGCCGAUGCCAGCAGCCAAGCCUGUGCAGCAGGAGCCCGAACUGCCCAAGACCACCGCCCCGUCGGUGAACAGGCCUCCGGAGAAGAGGCAGAGAGUCCCGUCGGCAUACAACCGGUUCAUCAAGGACGAGAUCCAGCGCAUCAAGGCCGGCAACCCGGACAUCACCCACCGGGAGGCGUUCAGCGCAGCCGCAAAGAAUUGGGCCCAUUUCCCACACAUCCACUUCGGCCUCAUGCCGGACCAGGGCCUCAAGAAGACCUUCAAGACUCAGGAUGGCGCUGAAGACAUACUUCUCAAAGAUGGUCUCUAUGCCGCGGCGGCGGCGGCUGCAGCAGCCAACAUGGGCAUCACUCCAUUCUAG